UAGAUAGAGCAUUGGGCUGCAGCACAUAUUUUGAAGGAAGGAUUUCAUUCGAUAAGAAUCUGGAAUAGAACACCUUCGAUAAGUGGAGGGUGGCCCGUGACACAAAGAGAUAUGAUGUAGCCCACCAUGUGAACUACGAUCGAAUACUGCUUUGAUUGUUUAGUGUUGUCAAUGGAGACGAUUAAUGAGGCCAUUUCGAUAAAUACGGCUGGCAACUAAACACUGGAACGUGUAUGGUGCACGUAUCCGUAUUCACGUAUAUGUAUCUCUAGAAUAUAUCCUGUGACCACCGUUGAUGUCAUUUCUGGUGCUAGAACAUGUUUAUCUACAACGUAAAUAUACCUCUGGCUGGACAGCACAACUGGUGUGUGUCCUUUUGAAGACAACAAACCAGCAAUGAUGCAUGAAUGCAAUUCUGGACAUUAGCAAGGUCAAACAAUGACGCCUCCAUCCAAUCUGCACCUGGAGGCCCGCAGCUGGUUCGUCAGACACAAUAGCUUAUCUAGACAUGCUUGACAAGUGGAUUCAGGUAACACUUAUCACUGGUUUCACGGCCGUUGUUGUCACCGUGUGGAUCACUGUUGACUUCUGUCUGUAUCGGAGGAAGAAGGCCGUUAUUAGGGCAGCGAAAGCUGACACAUUCUCCCGGAAGCCAGUCGGAGGGAGAUGCGCAGAGCCCUACCAACAGAAAAAAUCAAAAGACAAAAAAGUACUUCCGACUAAAAAACCAGCUAAGAGAACAUUAAGUGUAAGAAAGUUUGUGAAUUUUGUCACUGGUAAAAAGGCUAACAAGGGUGCAGAUGACAAGGAAUCUGUCAUCGAAAAGGAAAACGAUCCAAAUGAAUCUGGAACAAACGAAAAAAGAUCAAUUCCAGGAUCUGAAUUAGAGGCUGGCGGGAGUAGCAAAUUGUCUUCACGAAAUCCAGAUGAUAAGGAAAACAAGGCAAACGGAGUAUCAAAGAAGACCAAUUGUAUUGAAGAGGAAAAUAUCAAAAUUGAUAGUAACAAUCGCUCGUUACCAAAGGGAUCAGUAUUGGGCAAGAUCCAAUCCGCACCCAACAUUACUGGAAAGUGGAUAAAUGAUGUUGGUGCGUCGGAAAUUCCUACUGGGAAAAAAGCACUCCCCCCUCUGAAAGGUAAAACGUCAUCUAAACCAAGUCUGGAAGGAAAAUCUUCUUUUUCAGAGGAGCGAAUAAAAGAGCAAAGCAACAAUGAUGUCACACCGUCUAAUACAAAUAUAGAGCUUAAUGAAAUUAAGGAGGACAAAUUGAAAUCAAAACCUCCAUUUAAGCAAAAAAGGUCGAAAAUGAAAAUGAAAAUGGGAAGUGACGUUUUCUUUACGGCAAGUGAACAAAGUGAGCAAAAAGCAAAUUCCAACGAAGUUGCUAAGAGACCGCCGUUAAUGAAGCGACUUUCUAGAAACCGUGUGGACUCUUUAAACGACGGUAGCACUUCAAGUGCAGACACGAAAGAAACGUUCGUGGAAGACAGGUCGUCAUCAACUUCAUCGUCGUGGACGUGUGACGAAAGCAGCAGAAAGCGAACCUGCAGUUUAUCAGAUUCGACUACGUCAUCCGGAAGUAUCGAAUUAGAGAAAAGAAAAUUCCGAAUAAAACCUUUGAAACGAAACCAGUCGAACAUGAGUGUGACGGACACGACACCACUCACGUAGUUUAUAGUAAUUGGAUUCGUUUCUUUCCAAUCCU